GCUGAAACUCUAAACGAUGAAACCUCCGACCCAAUGACGUAAUGCAAGAAAAAAAUGGCAGCGGCCUCAACAGUGUGAGAGAUAGUUUACAUGUUUGUUUUCUUUUAUAUUUUAUUAUUACCACUGUAACCUUGAGCGCUCUCUUUGUCAUUACAAAGUUAAGAAAGCUAAUUGAUAUACUGUAGCUAGUGUUUCAUUCUUUUAUUUUUUUCGUCAACAACAAAGACUUUAUUAUAAGCGUUAUUAUAAGCGUCGUCAUAGAUAAGACACGAUUUUUUUUAAGGAAAAAACAAACUCUAAUCAGUUGUUUUAGUAUUCUAAUUCUGACACGAUCUGAAAGGCCUAUUUUGUAAUCUGUAUUCGUAAACUUGGGCGUUUCCACACGGAAGAACAUAUGGCAUAAUCAAAGGGAGCUCGACAGAUAAGUUUCAUUUGUCCCGAGCACUAGUCUGUCAGGAUGACUGGAGAAAAGUGUGACUCUGAUGUAAAGCAGGAUUCUUCUGACGACGGCAGAGAUGAGACUUGUAUUUUCUGUAAAAUCGCGAACAGAGACGAUCCAUUCACUGAGAUUUUGGCGGAAGAUGAGGACAUUGUUUGUUUCCAGGACAUUGAUCCAGCUGCACCUCAUCACUACCUGGUUAUACCCAAGAAACAUAUCCAUAGCUGUUUGUCCCUCCAAACCGAUGAUAUACAUCUUGUGAAGAAGAUGGCAGAUAUGGGAAGAGAGGUACUGAAAGCCAAGAAUGUCACCAAUUUUGAAGACAUCAGUCUAGGUUUCCAUGUGCCUCCAUAUAUCACUGUGCCCCACCUGCACCUCCAUGUUCUAGCACCUUUUAGUCAGGUGUUUAAAUGGGUGAGAUUCAAGUACACAUCCUUCUGGUACCUCACUGAGGAGAAGCUGCUUUAGAAACUGACGGGGAAUAAAAAAGAAAAAAAGAUUGGGCAUGUAACAGCUGCAUGCCGCUAUGUUUAGCUAUUUGAGCCUUAUCACCGAAAUUUAAAAAACUUGAAAUCACAAGGCACUUUAGUGAAGAUCAGUGGUCAUUCUUUUUUCCUUUUUCAUUGUAUGGUUUGAGCCUUAAAGGCCUGCCAUUUAAUGUUAUUUUUAUAUUUUUUAUAUAAGACUAAAUUAUUUUAAAAACCAGGAUGGUAUUGGUAUCCUUUAAACUGAUAAUCAGCAUUUUUAACUAAAGUGUAAUCUGAUCAAUAAUGUCUAAUGUUAUUAAAUGGAUGGAAAUGUGGAUUUUUGUGUAAUUGAUUAUCUAUGUUUGUACACAUUCUACAUGCUAUAUUGUGAAAGAUUUAUUGUACAGUGAGCCAUCAACACAUUCAAAGUCAAACCCAGGGGUGUUGCUGGGAGGGGUACAGAACAAUGUUCUCUGGGGGUCAGAAUCCCCCCACCCCCCUGAAUGUGAUUUUGAGGAGUCCCAUAAAAAGAGGGGCACAUCCUGUCCAAGUGUGCGGUUCUUGGCAUGGACAAAGGUUAAACAUGUUUGCAGUGCAAUCAUCAAAACAUGGUAGCAUGGAUCAUGCUCUAUUCUAUCUACUUGUUUUCUUUUUAUUUAUUAUGAAAAAUAACAAUAUGACCCUCUAACACCAGCUCUCUCUGUUUGAUUGCUGUUCUAUCUAUGCUUUAUUGUAUUUUGCAUUUACUAUUAAAAAAUAAAAUAAAAUAAUUCCG